GGCAACUCAAUAUCAUCACAAAUACAUCUAAACGCAGAUAUCGUCUGUGCGUCCGCAUUUUGCUGUAUUUUUUAUUUAAGAAUGGGUUAUUAAUAAGCAAUUAAUAAAUUAUUAUUAAAUAAAAAUCAGCCAAAGCCGUCAAUCAAUUCAACGUAGCGUUUUACAUUGCAGAUACACAAAGUUUCUAAUUAAUUAAUUACCUUGGAAAAUGGAGCCACAAAACUAUCAUAACCAUGGGCAGCAGCAGCAGCAGCUCCUGCACGAGCAACAAAUUCAUUUACAGCAAAUCCAGCAACAGCAGCAGCUGCAGCAGCAACAACAGCAGCCCAUUCAAUCUGGAUUUGCACCGCGUCGUCAGUAUGACAACAUGGGCAAUUCAUCAGCUGCUCUAGCAGCUGCCUGUUUGGCCAAUGGCGCUGCCACCGGUGGGAGCUCAUCGGCGGCCAAAAAUGCUGCGAUGCAGCGUCCAAAAAUCAAGAAAGAGAAACAGCUUCAAGUAAUACAACAGCAACAACAGCAGCAGCAACAACAACAACAGCAGCAGCUGUCGGAGCUAAGCACUGUGGGCAGCGUCGGCAUGUUGCCUACUGAUGACUCCCUUAAAUUUGUUAACGACACCGAUGCCAAUGGGCUGGCAAUGAAGACACCAGUCAGCAUACUGCAAGAGCUAUUGAGUCGGCGCGGCAUUACGCCGGGUUAUGAACUGGUACAGAUCGAGGGCGCCAUACAUGAGCCGACGUUUCGGUUUCGCGUUUCAUUCAAGGACAAGGACACGCCGUUCACAGCCAUGGGCGCUGGACGCUCCAAGAAAGAGGCGAAGCAUGCUGCCGCUCGUGCUCUUAUUGACAAGCUUAUUGGUGUCCAGCUCGAAUCUCAGGGAAAUUCAACAUCAACAUCUGCCGUCAACUGUUCGAUGACAAGUAGCGGAGGUGAUGGCGGCAAUGCCAAUGUUUCUGGCAGUGGCGAUGGCAGCGACAAGAUCGUGGGCAAUCCUAUCGGCUGGCUGCAGGAGAUGUGCAUGCAACGUCGCUGGCCCCCGCCAUCGUAUAUAACGGAAACGGAGGUGGGGCUGCCACACGAGAGGCAAUUUACGAUUGCGUGCAGCAUUUUGCACUAUCACGAGGUGGGCAAGGGUAAAAGCAAGAAAAUUGCCAAGCGUUUGGCCGCCCACAAAAUGUGGACCCGACUGCAGGAGACGCCCAUUGAUGCUGCCAAAAUCAAUGAUAGCAUUUGCAGCGAACUGGAGGGCGAUCCCCGCAUUAACGAUAAUUAUUAUGGUGAUUUGAAAGAUAUCACUGUGCCAACACUGACAACGCUGCACAGUAAUAAAGUGUCGCAGUUCCAUAAGACAUUGAAAAACGCGACGGGCAAAAAACUGCUUAAAUUACAGAAGACAUGCCUCAAGAGCUCGAAAAUCGACUACAUUAAACUGCUUUCGGAGAUUUCAGCCGAGAAUCAGUUUGAAGUCACCUACGUGGAUAUCGAAGAGCGAACGUUUAGUGGCCAAUUUCAGUGUCUGGUACAGUUAUCCACUUUGCCCGUAGGUGUUUGCCAUGGUACGGGAUCCACAACUGGCGAAGCUCAGCGACAUGCGGCCCAAAAUGCUCUGGAGUAUCUCAAGAUUAUGACCAAAAAAUAGGCCACUAACUGAUAGCAAAAUCUGAACGCACAUAACGAUGUUGAAAAAAAAAAACAAAAA